CAUGCGCACUUCAGAUAUCAAACUUGGACGAAGGAACAGUGGCAGCUGAAAGUUUUGUGUACAUAAAAAAUCGCGUCUAUUUUUGUAUAUAUUUGUAUUUAUUUGAUAAAGACAGUGCAAAAUGAACAACAAAUUCGAAGCGUUGAAAGAUGAUGACAGCGGUGAAGACAAAGAUGAGGACAAGGAUGAGAAUGGGGAGAGUAGAAGACAACAAAGCCCCAGACCAAUCCAGAAGGCCGGUCCAGGAGAACACCCACUCCAGUUCAACUAUUCCAUAUGGUUCUCCAGACGGUCGCCCGGGAAACAGCAGAACUCCACAAACUAUGAACAGAAUAUUAAACUAGUCGGGACUUUUGCUUCCGUGGAGCAGUUUUGGAGGUUCUACAGCCACAUGGUUCGACCAGGAGACCUGUCAGGACACAGCGACUUCCAUCUCUUCAAGGAAGGAAUCAAGCCUAUGUGGGAGGAUGAAGCUAACAAAGAUGGCGGAAAGUGGAUUGUGCGUCUACGGAAGGGCCUGGCCUCGCGCUGCUGGGAGAACUUGAUCCUGGCCAUGCUGGGGGAACAGUUCAUGGUCGGGGAGGAGAUCUGUGGGGCUGUCAUCUCCAUCCGCUUCCAGGAGGAUAUCGUAUCUGUGUGGAAUAAGACAGCUAGCGACCAUGCAACAACAACACGUAUCCGAGACACCCUCCGGCGGGUGCUGAACCUUCCUCCCAACACCAUCAUGGAGUACAAGGCCCAUCAAGACAGCCUAAAGGACAACUCCAGCUUUCGUAACACGGAUGUGUUCAUGAGGUGAAGCCAUGUUACGUCCACCCCACCCCCAGUCUGUAAAGCCCUGGCCACAAAAAAGACACAACAUCACUGUGUAAUUUUUUUGUAUAUCAUCAACAGCUACCCACUAAGACCUAUUGUAACAGUAGCAGUUUCCACCAGAAUGAUCGUGAUCUGUCCAACUGUGAGGUUCAAACCACCUUUGUACCCCUGGAGGGCUUGGGCACUGCCAGAUGUACAAGUACUGUAAAUCGUGAGAUAUUUACGGUGGUUGUAUUUCCUGAUAGGAGGGCAUGGGGGGUUUUCACUGUAUUUUAACUUUGCAGAUAAAUUGAAACAAUUCUGUAUACACAAUGUACAAGGAAUACAUUUGUCGUGAAUUUAGAGUGGAAAGGUCACUAUGGAAGUUACUUGUAAACCAUUGUGAAAAUUUCACGAUUUACAGUACCAUCCUCUGCUGUUCUGACUGUAAGAGUCCUCAGGCCGUUAGUUUUAGGAAACGUUGUUCCUUUUAUGAGUAAAAUCCAUGAAAGGAGGUCCAGUCUUUUGGUAAUUUGCCAUUGUCUCUAAAUAAUUAAUGUGUAAAACGAAAAUGACUAGAAACCUGUCCAUGUUGUCUAUUUCCAUUGGCACUUUGGACACAAUGUUGUAUUUGGGUUACCUGUGAAUAUGGGAAGUAUUAGGGUUCACUUGCAUUGACAGAGUUCCAUACAUGUAUGUCUAUGACCAUUUUAAGUAUCAUCAAUGUUGAAAUACAAGCUUAUGGUACAAAUCUUGGUUAAUAGACUGAUCCCAAAGCCCUGACCACCAACAACAAUAUGUACUGGUAGAAAUGCAAAUAUUUGGUGGGCAUACAGCUACUCUCUCAUUGGUUGAACAGCUAAUUGGCAUCCUCUUAUUGGUUGAACUGCUAUUUGUGAUGGACACUUAGGAUUGGUCUAUUAUGCAGAGGUCACCACCAAACAUACACAGAAGAUAAUAGACUGAAAGGUCUUGUCAACAUCUGUAAGGCAUCAGGGAAAAAUCUUCUUUUUUUUUAUUACAGAAUACACUGUCUAUUCCUAUUAUAGUAUGCGUAACCUCCUCCCUGCUGAAGUGGCCUGUUGGCUUCAAAUUUGUACUAGUACAGGGUUAGGCAGCAGAGAGAAGGUUAAAGUUUUAAUUUUUUUAUGCCAGAUAAAGUGAUCCAUUUUGAAUGUGUUUUAAUUGUCAGACUGUCUGUUAAAAACUUGUGUCUACUUUCCUACUUCAACAAGGUAACCAUCAUUGCAGACUCAAAAUUUCCAAAUUUCGGCCACCCCAGAUUAAGGAAGGAUAGAUUCCUUUGCCCCCCCCCCUCCGGUAUAAAAACCUGGAAAUAGCAGCCCAUUCUCAACUACCUUAUAAGUUAU